CGCAGGCUUCGUUCAUUCAAUGAGAUGAUAAUGAAGAUUUCCACCUCCUCUCUGCUCUCUUUAUCUUCGCCGAUAUCCCUUCACGGUGUCGAUGGCUGGCGACCGCUCGCCAGACUAUAAAGCCCUCUUCCUGAGGGCCGAGGAAGAGCGGAGACAAGAAGUAGAGUUGCGGAGACAGGCGGAAGAGCGGCAAAGACAAGCUGAAGAGCAGCAAAGACAAGCUGAAGAGCAGCAAAGACAAGCUGAAGAGCAGCAAAGACAAGCUGAAGAGCAGCAAAGACAAGCUGAAGAGCGUAUACGUGAAACCACGUUCGGAGAAUUCAUACAAACCUGCCACAGCUUACUAUCCAGACCGUUACAAGUUGAGAUUACGUCUCAUUCUACGAAAGGAACAAUACCCCCGCCCACUGGGAAAUACUGCCCAACAAGGCUCCUCCCGUGGCCAGACUGUGCCAUUCAGCAACAGCUGCUGUUCAACUCUGUUUGCGGUUACCUACAGCCAGCGGGAGAAGACCCACCACAACUGUUUUCUCCAUUUCUUCACCUAGAAGGUCUUGGGCGACGGCUUUGCAGCCGGAAGCUGAGCAGUGAAAAGGAUUUGGAAAUUUACGAGCGAUUCGCGGUGGAAGAUCAUGUGCAUGAUAUUGUCGCUGAGUUGUGCAAGAUACCCAGGGCUCAACGGGAGUUUCGUCUCGGCGAUGGAGUCAAGUUCGACAAUCAUUCCAAUACCCUGGAUGAGGUCGACAUUGGCCCGUCAGAGACAAAUGACACAUCAAAUUUCCAAAAUCCCAGACCUGAUCAAUUUUGUAUCCAUCGAGUCAACGGCACCACCAAUACCCUUCUCACCACCGUCGAAUACAAGCCACCCCACAAACUCUCUGUGGAAAACCUUCGCGCGGGCCUUCGUCCUAUGAAUCUCUGGGAGGAAGUUGUUCAACGAGACACUAUUCCAACGGAUGAAGCUGGAAAAUUGAAGUACAACGCCGAACUGCUGGCUAGCUCGGUCCUGGCCCAAGAAUACCAUGUGAUGAUCCAAGAGGGCCUCGAGUACUCCUACGUGACCAAUGGAUUCGCCCUGGUCCUUCUCCGUGUGCCAUACGACGAUCCAAGUACGCUUUAUUACUAUCAUUGCGAACCCAACUUGGAUCUGGAUCCUGAGGACGAUCGGGUAUUUCGACAACCGAAAUCCGCCAUUGCCAGGGUGCUGUGCCUGUGCUUGAUGAGCUUUCGCUCUCGUUCUCGUGGGCAGGCAUGGCGGAAUGCUGCAAGGGCCCGAUUGCAUAUAUGGAAGACAAGCUUUGAUCACAUAUUGUCACAGAUUCCCAAUGAGGAGCUGCAACGGGCACCUCCCGACUCAGGAUAUAUAGCUUCUGAAGAUACAGGUUCCGAAUAUCUGCCAUCCUCCAAUUCGGUGUCUCCCACUAUCCAGGACCGUCGAAUACCAACGCGAUCUCAGACUGGGUGUGCGCCACCGGACGCAGCGCAUGGCCCAGAGCUGAUGGACUCUUCAGAUUCCGAUACUAACCAUGCCGAGUCUGGACGGAAGCGGGGUUUCAGCCAGGUGGAAUCUCCAUCUCCUCGCCCGUUGUCCCGGCAAAGCGGCUCCCGCAAUGAUCCAAACAGUCGGAAUCAGCAGCAUGCAGCACAAUUUUGCACACAACGUUGCUUAAUUGGCCUGCAACAACAGGAUGCACUGGAUGAGAAUUGCCCAAAUGUGGAGCUCCAUCGACAGGGUAAAGACGGCAAUCAACAUUGUAUUACUGCAGAACGCCUCGUGCAGUUGAUCAAGCAGCAGCUGGACAAAGAUCUUGAUAAUAAUAUUACGCCCUUGGGAAUUUGUGGAGCGUACGGCGCGCCGUUCAAGAUCACGUCCGUCGCAUACGGCUACACUAUUAUUGGAAAGGGCACGACAUCUCGACUUUGGAAAGAGGUCUCGCGCGAAGCGGAGGUGUACCAAGUUCUCCGGAAAGCACAGGGCUCGGCAGUUCCUGUCUUUCUUGGAGCAAUUAACUUGAAAAAUGUCUAUUUCCUCCAUGGAGCCGGAGAGAUACAACACAUGCUGCUUAUGGCUUACGCAGGAGAAAGUACAAGCAAUCUCCAGCAUUCACGGGCGCUGACUCGUGAACUGUCAAGGUCGAGGAAGGAAAUCCGCAAUUUGGGUGUUGUGCAUCAAGACCUCCGGCCUGACAAUAUUUUAUGGAACUCUGAACUGGAGCGGAUACUUAUAAUUGACUUUCAUCGGUCCGAGCUGGAUCUUCGACUGAUGAAAAAGCCGGUGGGGUCUCUGAAGAGAUCAUUGUGCAACACACAGGAACAGAAGGUGAAGCGGCUUCGUGUGCUGUAACAUUAUUAUCGUCGAAUAUUGUUCCGGAUCGGCCUCAUCCUUCCGAGUUGAAGUUGGACCUGGCAGCUUCUACCGUAAUCAGCGAGUUCUCAUCUCCGGGCGUAUAGAUAAUUAGUUCUCAAUUGGAUAAUCUUAUAGACAUAAAACACGCAUUGUUGUGCUAUACAUUACUUUAUAUUUCCCCUGCGCAUAUUGUGCCCGGACAAAGCAAGUGAACGUACUUGGUUUGGGGUUCUGAAUCUUUCCUGUCAUUUCACGCCAAGUAGAGACUUUCAUAUAGACUAUCAAGUUAAUCCUCGACAAUAUUUACUACUCAGUGAUC